CCAGCAAACAAUGCAGACAAAAGGGAUAAACGGUAAGGGCCUGGGCGCUGCUGCUAAGACACCGAAACCCUUUUGUCAACUCGCAGCUGCUGCCUGGCCAAAGUCUUGCCUUGCUCCCAGCCAGUGUGACGGACUCCAGGCUGUGGUACUUGGUCAGCGCCCGCGUCUCUCUGCACUGUGACCUCCAGGCAGCAAGAGCUCCUUUCUAAGAGGCCAAGCAGCAAUUCUGGAUUUGGCUUGAGGGCCGUUAGUGCUUUUUCUGUGCAGCCAGAGGACGGGCACAAGGGGGGGGCAUGGCUGGUCGGGAGAAAGCGGGGCAGACGAAACCGAAGGAGUCGCCAGAGAAGAAGGUCCGGACAAAUCUCCUUCAGCACGUGCUCAGCAGGCGAGCCCCUCCUGCCAAGGAGGAUACGAAAUCGCUUCUGCACAGGCUGGUAUUUCUGGCUAAGAUCUCCCCGGAGCUGGCCGACAAACGGGAUUUAGCAGGGUACUGGCACCGCCUCUUCCUGAGUCUGCAGCGCUACUACCAGGGCGAGGGGGUCACGGGCCUCCUGCUGCUCUACCCCACCUACGUGGUGCACACCCUGGAGGCCUCCAGCGAGGUGCUUUACUCCAUCCUGAGGGAUCUGCGAGACAUGCAGCCCCAGCAGCACAGGGCCCUUGUUCUAGAGCCCAAGAUCCUGGUGCUGUCCCACAACAUUCCCUCCCGGCUCUUCCAGCAGUGGAGCUACAAGGUGCUGGCUGUGCCCAGCAGGCACCUGGGCUACGACACCUCGCGCGAGGAGCCAAUUGAGACCAUCACUGGUGAGUGCCUGGCGAUGCUCCUGAAACUGGGGAUGCACCUGCUGAAAUACCCCAAGAGCCCCCCAAACCUCCCUGAUGCCGUUCUGGAGGAGGUCCCCAACUUAAUUGUUCCCCAGGACACCAUCUGCCACCUCCUGGAGUGCCGGGAGCUCCUGAGCCCUGCGCAGUUCCUGCAGGCCUACGAUUCCCCCUUGAACGUUGUCAUGGACUCAGGGCACGUGUUUGGAAGUGACAACCCGUAUGCUGUAGCGCGUGUGGCCACUGCCUGGGAAGGUGAAGCUGGACGCCGUGAGCUCGUGAAUGGAAAGGAAUCGGGGCCCAUGGACGCGUGGGGCACGGCUGAGAUUGGAGGGUUGUGGGCAGCAGCCCAGGCACUGCUCCGGCCCACAGCUGGUCAUGCAGUGCUCAGGGUGUGGCUGAUCUCGGCCCAUGAUCGUGGGAAACACCCAAGAGCAGCAUGGGAGAGCGGCUGGAAGAGCCUGCGUCUCACCAGGAGAAUUACGGGCUCAGAUGGACAAAUGGGUUUAAUUGUAAUUAUAUGGGGAUUAACUAGCCAUUGGUUACCUGCCUGUGAUACAUGUACAGCGCUCACUGAGCUCCGGUCCUGCAGUGUGUGUGUGUGUGUUAUAUGCUGUUUUUCCCACAGGACCCCUGCCUCAUUCGGGGCACAGGACGCCCAGGGCUUGCUGAAUAUGGCAGCUUUCCAACCUUUCUUUUUGUCCUUCUGCUCCAGUGCAUGGGCUGGCAUUACUUAUACCCGCCAUCCAAACCCUGCUUUGAAGCCAGGCUACUCACUGCCUCUCAGGCUGGUCUGGGGCACCCCUGCAGAGCCUGAGAGCUUCACAAACAUUCACUACACGCCGGGGAGCAGGGCAGGGCUAUCAUCGCCGUGUUGCAUAUGGGGAACUGAGGCCCCGAGGGAUUAAAGCCAAACAUGAUCAGAGCCAGGAUACUGGUCUUUACGGAUCCCUGCUCUGGCAAGUCCUGUCUGAUUCUUUUAGAAGCCUGGGAGCCGGCUCAGGUUCAAAGACUCCUCCUCUACCACAACUAGCCAGAGUUAGCAGAGCCACUUUGUUUAGCACCUUCCACCCUCCCCUCCACACUAACAGAGCUCACAGUUCAUUCCACAUAUGGGGAAACUGAGGCACACCAAGCUGAAACAAUUUCCCCAAGAGGGUGGAAGAGCCAGGAAUGGAACCUAGAACCCUCGUCUUCCUCCUGCAGGAGACGGGUAACAUUGGUCUGGUGGAGUUACUUGUGCUGUCAUGUGGGGAGGGGUCGGACAGACCCCUGCAGUCCUGGACUUUGGGACCCGCUAGGCCAUGCAGCUGAAAAGGUGCCAGAAGGAGGAGCUGGAGGAACAACUGUGUUGGUGGUUCCUCUUUAUGCAGGUGGGAGCAAGCCCUGGUCUCCUGGGCCUGUGGUGUAGCGUCCUGACAGCAAGAAGCCACCCCAGGCAUCCCCGCAGCAGGCAGUCCGGGGAGAUCCCAGCCGGUGUGCAUAGGAUGCUGGCUGGAGCAGAUCAAGGAGCCAGCGUUUGCAGCAGUAGGAGCUAUGUCACUGCCAUGCAGCACUGCCCCCGGCCGGAUGGCGUCACUAGGAUUUGUAUAGCACCAUGAUUGUGUGUGACACCUUAGAGACAGGUAAGGAGACAGGGUCCUUGCUCCAAGCUUAUACACACAGCACUGCAGUGAACAGAGCAGAAACCAUGGGGACAGCACAACACCACUUCCAGGGGAGAGACGGCCCCAGGGGUUCACUGUGUCCUUGUCUUACCACUCUUUCCUGUAGGUCAGCGUGGGAGCAGAGGGCAGGGGCAGGCUGGGGGAGGGAAAGAGGGUUGUCUUGAUGCCCUGGAAUCGGGAGGGUGUUGCAAGCUUAGGAGGAAGGGUGAGUAAAGGCACAGAGUCACAAAUGGAGGCGGGACUAAGAUGGCUAAAGAGACAGGCAGUGGCAGGGAUGGGAGGACGGGAAAGGAAAGCAGAGGGGGAAGGAGGCUUGCAAGAGGCUGAAUGUGAUGUGGAAAGAGUCAGGAACCCAGAGGAGGGCAGGUGCCAGUGGGCAGAGCAGUAGGGGGAGUGGACAGCGUUAGCUGCAGCCUUUGGCUAGCCUGGAAGGGGAGUGCUGAGCCGCCAGAAGGAGAGGGUGGAUGAGGUUUCUCCAUGGCCCGGGGAGCCAAACCAUUGAGCUAUCCCUGGUGUGGGGGCCAGGGCCAGCAAAGGGGAGGGAAGCAACAGGGAAGGCUCAGAACAGCCACAGCAUGGCGAAGGGGCUGGAGCAGACCACAGCAAGAAAAGAUGGAGCAGAUCCCAGAUGGUGUAAAUCAGGGCAGCUCCAGUGGAGUCUGUGCAGGGGAUGGCUCCACGUCCAAUCUUACCACACACAGUGAUCUGGGGCAGGGAAUCUUUUUUCGGCUCAGCUGUUUUGCAGGAAAGCAGCGUCCUCCCAAGAUGCUCAGCGCCAUCAACUUCCAGCCAAAUGUUCACCCAUUUUUCAUUGCUGUACUGACAAUGUUAGUUAGUCCUGGAAACAGAAAGAAAUCUGUCUGCCCUCCCCCCCCCAUGUGUCCCGAUAUUUUGUUUCCCUCAUCUGGUCACCCUAUGCCCGCAUGGCCCCUGUGGUUGGGGUGUCGUAGUCUUUAAUUUGUUUAUCCUCACAGCCACCCUAUGAGGCAAGGGAGAGGUUUGAUCCCCAUUCCAGCUCGAAUUGGGGAGAAAGAUAAGCAGGGGUACGCUGCCAAGCUCCGCCCUCUUGACAGGCCAAAGUGAAACCUCACUUUCAGCAGAUGACGCAGAUGUUCACAGUAUGUCUGUGCAGGCACAGCUCACCCUCCGUGGGAUUCAGAUUCACACUCCUCCGCCCUGCGAGGCUGAAUUGAGGCCUAGGCACAAUGGAGGCAUGUGCCCAGAGCCCUGGCUCCCAGAGGUGAGGAUGGCAAUUGCAGCUUUUGUUAAAAUAAAAUGUUUGUGGCCUUCAUCAUUGCGAAGGAAAGCUCAAAAAUGCAACCUGAGUGUAACCAAUGCAACAAUGUCUGCCUGAGCCUGCAGCAGAGGAUGGAUCAGCAGCCAUUAGUGUCAGGGAGGAAGCUGUUGGUCCCACACCCACCAGCAGAGCAGACUUGGCCUUUGUUACUCUGGGGCAGAGAGGCUGGCUGCCUGGGAGAGCGGGUGAUAGUGGUAUGGCCCACUGGGCUCAAAGGACUUGCCUUUGGUGAAGCUCAAAUACCCCCAGGGCUUAGCUCUCCCCCUCUGGUUUUCCGUUCCAUGAAUAGGGUGGGGCGACAAGAAGUGGUUGUAUCUCCCAAACACCACCCACUACUGGCACCAAAGGAGACCAUGCAGAUCUGUAACCCUCCCUCUUCUUCCUUACAUGCAAUGAAAUAGUUAACAAUGCUGCCAGUCAAAUGAGCAUCAUGGGGCAUCUGGGUUAACUCCCCACACCACUGAGGGGGCAGUUCAGGCUCUCAGCAGAUCCUGGCAGACAUCACUGCAUCAGAGACCUUUGGUGUGGCCUGAUCCCCAUUUGACAGGUGGGAAAGUGAGGUACAGAGACGGCAGAGGGACUCCCCAAGGUUAGGGAGAUGGGUAGAGCCCCGAAGGGAACCCAGCUCUAUUAACUAAGUCUCAGUCCAAUGCCUUAUGCACUAGCCCAGACUUCUCUGGGUUCUUGUCUGUGCAACAUUUGGCAGAAAAACCCAGGAGUUCCCCUUCGAAUAAACUGCACAGAAUGUGGACUGUUUUUAUUCUGUGUUUGUAGAGCACCAAGCUCAGUGGGGCCCUGGUCCAUGACCAGGCUCUGAAGAGCGACCAGAGUACAGAUAAUGAACAGUAAUAAUAAUUUAGCUCUUACUAAGGAUCCAGAUCUGAUAUAAAAUCCCUACCGCCCUGUAACACUGCCAGACCAGAUAAUAUUUCUUUACAUUGCAGGCUCUGGAAAAUAAAUACAGAACUUUGAACUACCAACUAUUGGGUCUGGAAGAGAGAUCAGAGGUAGAGAACGCUCAUUGUUUUACCUGGUUUUAUUAUUGGGAGACAGUUUCAAAGUGAAGUCUGACCCACUUUUGUCAACAGAAGAGGCCAUUUGUCUGGGGCUAAAACACCACUGGAGCCAGCCAGGCAGUGAAGAGAGAGAUGGCAGAUAGGCUGGGUUGUGUUUCACUCCAGGACUGAUUGGAAUCAGACUAAAAACCAGGCGAGAGUCCAUGCCCUAGAUCAGCAGAUCUAACACUCCCAGGUUUGGCGAAGGAAACACACGAGAGUUUGCCUUUGAGAGGAGCAAUUUGGGAACUGAACAGUUUCAUUUCUUUGUUUCUGGGUGCUGUUAGAAGUUACUGGUUAGGAUGAAGAAAAAACAUGCUCGUGUCUAAGGCACCAAUCCUGCAAACAUUUAUGGAUGCGCUUAACUUUGGAAUCCACGGGACGACUCAGCUGAGCAAAGUUAUGCCUCCCUGCAAGUAUCUGAAGGCCUGGAGCCUGAAGCUGUGGUUUCCUUCUGCACCCGCCGAGCUUCGCUACACACCAGUUCAUGCCCAGAUUCAGGAAAGCACGUAAGGCUUAAACCUAGUGAACGUUUUAUCUGCUGACCUUCGUGACUGUGGACAUGAUCGUGCUCCACUGAAACCAAGGGGGUGUGUGGUUCCAUUGAAUUGCAGGGGAGCAAAUCAGACCCUGAAAUAAGUCUGUGCUGCUUUUGACCCCGUUAGCCCUCCAGAGCCAGCACAGUUACAGGAGAGGAGGCUGGAGCCAGAUCCUCCACGUACAUCAGCAAAACUGGAGUUUCAAUCGGUUCCAUCUGUGCAAACCCACACAAGGCCGGGUCCUCCCCCGAACCCAGGCCCCAGCCCAAGCAUCUACACAGUAAUUGUAUUGCCCCGCAGCUCAAGUCAGCAGACCUGGGCCUUGCAGUGCCUGAGGAUCUAAUUUGACCUUGCAGGGCUUUUACUGCUGGGGAUGAUUCACAGAUUUCAAGGCCAGAAGGGACUACUGUGCCAGGGAGUCUCACCUCCAUUGGAUUGUGUUAGAUCUUUCUCUG